AUGAAAACCAGGCGGUCUGGAUAUAGAUCUGAUUUCAAGAAAUCAUACGUCCUAGAAAAGUCUUCAGAUCCAAAAACUCCACAUCCAGGUGAACGUAAACAAAAACCGGGCAGAGUUAAGAGUAUCCUCAAUUGUACUAAGCGUCAGCGGAAUUCUGAAACCUAUAAAUCAGCGCAUUUAGUAGGUCGUAGAAGAGCUUCUAACUUCGUUACAUAUACACAGAACGGUCGGCUUUUUUAUGAUAUCUAUGUUAGAGAAUCUCCAUACCGUACAAACAAACUAAUAACGUCAGUUCCUAAAGAAUCUAUUGAAGAUAGAGCUACUACAAGUCUAAAGGAUCAAAUCAAUACAAAGCUACGUAAAAAGGAUGUUCGCAAUAGAAGCUACGAUGAUUCUGUUCAAAGUUCAUGUUCAAAAGGUUCUGUAACCAAAUAUUUGACCGGAACUAGUAAAAACAGUGUCCGAUCAAGUGGCUCUGUUAAAAAAUCUGCUAAGGGCUUUAGGAGAACCCGAAAGUGUCGAAACAAGAGUCCAGACAUUCAAAAAGCAUUAAGACGUGAGCUUGGACCUGAUUAUGUAUCUCCUGUUGAAGCUCAUGGUAAACGGUUGGCAAGUCUAAACGCAACUGCCAUCAUAGGUGCUUUUAAUUCUAAAUCUCCUAGGAAAACAUACGUCAAGAAAAGAAAUUCGGGUGUAUUAUUUGAAUUAGGAUUACCACCAACUUUGAUUCAUUCGGAUGAAACAGAUGAUGCUAUUACAGAGCCUAUGUGUUCAGUCGUUGAUGAUGAUCUAGGUCAAUGUGUGGAGGUUACCGAUGCCCUGACUUCUGAACAAGGCAGCGUACUGACAACACACAAGCCCUCAAGUUGUACUCCUGUGAAAGAAAUUACACCAUUAACGUUUAAGAACGUUUGCCAAAUUAACCCUGCAAUCGAGAGUUUUCAUUCACAACGAAUUAUACCAUUAGGACAUGACACGUUUGGUGUUCAGCAGAUCAUGCAUCAGGUAGUAGUUGUACCUCAUUCGAACGAAUCCUCUCCAAUUAUGUGUCAGUCUAAAUUACCAGAUCUCGGCACAGCUAUCCCUCGUCCGUCAAUAGGAAGUUCUGUUCCUUUUCCUGUAUUAUCCUGUCCAAAACCAUAUGAUUGUUAUUUUAAUGAUACCGCAUUACAACAGCGACACAACCAAGUUAUGUACAAUCCAUUUUAUCCCUCUCUCCCGCCCCAGUACGUUAAUUCUUGGAAUCCUAUGUUAUCGUGUAUUGCAAAUUCAAGUAUCACACCAUCCUUUGUUGCUUGUGCACCUCCAAGUAUUAUUCUUCCCCACAUCGGAUCACCCUUUGUUGUUCCUAACCCUGGUGUCACGCCUCAGGUCGCGUAUCCACUUGUCUUACAAUCGUUUCCCAAUAUUCCUGCAUCUUACAUAGGACCUAGUUUUCCCUGCGGAAUUAUGUCACCUGUUCUCUUACCAACAUCAUGGGCUCAACCUAGCUUGCUACCUUGCCAACCAUUCAAUACCUCAGCUAACAACAGCAAUGAACUCUUAUGUCCUAUGACGGUCUCGUCCGCACAAAUUAUUUCAACCACUCAACCACAAAUUAUCCAAUUGUCAAGUAAUCAGUGCACAAGCUUUUUACCUCAAGCAGGUCUAGGACAGUUAGUGUUGAACCACUCUACAGUCAUACCAAAUGCAUGUUCUAUUUCUGAUCAGCCGAUGUCUAGUUGUCAUAGCAAACCAUAUGUGGAGAACCACUCGACAUGUUAUUCAUAUGGUAAGGUUAAUGGUCCUGUAUUGCCACACCAAACACCGCCUGUCGACAUCCUAGAUGAAACUAUUAAUAUAGUUCCAUCCCAAAAUUUACCUGUACUUUGUACAAAAACUGAAAGUACUUUACUGAAUGAAAGCAGUUCACUUGAAAUGAAGUCCUCGAUUGAAAACUCUGGGAAAAAAUUAAGCCCAACCGUCAUAUGUCUGGAUAAUGAAAAAGAUGCGUGGGUAUGGGAGGGCAGUUCUUUUGAUCAAUAUAUUUUCCAUCAGUCUGACGCACCCCCAGUGCUCUGCCAGUGUUACCUUGCAAUCCGACACCGACGAGAUGGUAUGGUGAUUCGUGUGAAGGACAGUGUCUUAUUGUGUAGUGGUCCAAGCCGAAGUCAUCCACCACAUGUCGCGAAGAUUGUUGCAUUGUAUCAUGAUAAAAAUACAGACACAAAAAUGAUGUCUCUACUAUGGUACUAUCGUCCUGAACAUAUAUCUGGUGCAUCACACAAUUUUGUCAAGAAUGAACUUUAUGCAAGCAGACAUCGUGACACUAAUCCACUUGACUGUAUAGAAGACAAGGCAUAUGUACUUUCAGUUAGUGCAUAUAAUCGUUAUAUGGCAAAGCUUAAACGUCAACAGACGGGCUAUCAGAAGAUGCCACUUAGUUCCAUUGUACCUCAAUCUAUACAGUGUGGGUUACAUGGUAGUAAUAGUUCAAACGAUAACUUUUUCAUGGAUAAACAGUUGUUAUCUGAAUGUGAUGAAUGUUUUAACAAUGUCAGUUGUCAAAGUGUUUUCUUCUGCCGUGGUUUGUAUGAUUAUAAACUAAAACGUGUUACUAAAUACCCUGUAUUUGGAAAUCAGUGUAUCUUAUCUUCUCAUUUUGUUAAUCGACCCAAAUUUUAUGGACAGCAUUUUACAUCACCAGCAACAACAUUAACAACGAAAAAUGUUACUGAACGUAAUAACUUGGACAUUUCAAAUGAUCACUGUUGUGACACAUCUGUUUCUCUUAAGGAUGAUGUUCAUAAAAUCGUUAAUACUAUUGAACCCAUAACUUUGUUGGAUGAAAGUGUACCCUUUACAGUGUGUUCAACGUCUAUAGUUUCUAUGGGGAAAAACACAAACACCACAAUAACACCGUCUCAACUUGCCGAAAAUGAUUGUCAUUUUGUUGAUAAUUCUCAUAUGAACGGAGAAUGUGAGCGUUUAUCUUAUGGCAGUCAUGAAGGUAGAACAUCAACUCCUGUAAAAAAUCUUGAUCAAUAUAAAGCUGUUGAAGAAAGUAUAACAACUGUUGUCGAAUCGCAACAGACCUUGAUUGCCGAAAGCAGUUUAAAUGCUCCACCUAAAAUGUAUUCGACUGAUUCAUGCAUUGAAAUCACUAAACCAGAUCUAUUAAUUUCAGAAAUUCGUGUAACUUCACCAAAUGUAGAGUCCCAGUUCACUUCAUGUUCAUCUUUAGAAAAAAAACUGUCUAAGGUGACUGAAAAUUCCAUCGUUCAGCCACUGGAAACCAAUUGUUCAUCAACUGUCGUUGGACAACUAUGUGAAAACAAACCAGCAAACCACCUUGCAUGUCAGUCUAACUUCUCACCUGUUCAACCUGUAUGGCCAGUAGUUACUACAUCUGUAAUCAGCUAUGAUAGGUCUAUCCUUGAAAGAAGUGCUGAUAUAUCCGUUAAUUGGGGUGAGCAUGGUGAACAGAUUGCUUUGUCUCUUGAUUGUAGGAUUAAAGAGAAUAAUCUUAAUGGCAACAGUCAGAUGACAUCACAUCUUACUAUGUCUUCCGAAUCUCUAGGUCCAACACAAUCGUUUAUUGAUAUGACAAAAUUACCUGUACAUCCUAAUCCGAUGCAUUAUUCCAAAAUUAACUCAAAAUGUCUUGAUCAGGAUCAACCACGUCUAGUAAUACUUUAA